AUGACCGAGACCGAGUACGACGUCGUCGCCGUCGGGUGCGGACCGUUCAACCUCGGGCUCGCCGCCCUCGCCGACGGGGUGGACGACCUGCGCGUCGCGGUGUUCGACCGCGCCCCGGAGCUGCGCUGGCACCCGGGGGUCAUGUUCGGCGACGCGAUGCUGCAGGUGAACUUCCUCGCCGACCUGGUCACCCUGGUCGACCCCACGCACCGGCUGUCGUUCCUGGCCUACCUGCGCGAGGCGGACCGGCUCUUCCCGUUCUACGUCCGCGAGCAGUUCCACCCGACGCGACGCGAGUACGAGGACUACCUGCGCUGGGCCGUCUCCGAGCUGCCGUCGGUGCAGUUCGGCCACGACGUGGCGUCGGUGGCGUGGGACGCGGCGGCCGGGUGCUUCCGUCUCGAGGUCGUCGACCCGGACGGCGCGACGGUGACGGUGUCGGCGGGCGACGUGGUCCUCGGCAUCGGAACCGAACCGUUCGUCCCGUCGGCGCUCGCGGGGCUACCGGACGAGCGCCUGCUGCACUCCUCGCA